AGCGCCGACCCCCACAACCGCACGACCGCGCGCAAGGCUUGCAGCUCCUGUCGCCACAGCUCCUUUCCUCUCCUCGCGAGUAAGAAGAAUCGCGUCGCCAUGUCAAGUCGGAGACCGUCUUCGCGCGUCACGAGUCAGAGUCAGCACUCGAAUGGCAAAAUGCGCAUCAAGGCAAAGCGGCGAUUCCUGCUCAAGGUGACGCCCAUCGAGGCCUGGGACCUGCUCCCCGCUGAGUCGGGCCGUGCGCGCAACUCCUACUGCACUCUGGUGUUGUUAGACGAGAAUAAGCGCGAGAUUAAGGGCGAAAAGCAGCGCACGCCGCCCAUGCGUAACUCAAAUCCGGUAUGGAGUCCGCUUAAAGCCGCCGUACUGCGCUCGCUCGAGAGCAGCGUCGAGUCGCACCAGCCUUUGGGGAUUGGCGCCGCUGCCGCCUCGGAGGAGUACACGUUUGGCAUCCAGACAAACCUGAUGAACGCCAAGUAUGUGCUUGUCAAAUGCAAAGACAAGGGGCGCGUCGAGAAUGAUGAUCUGGGGCGGCUGUUGCUCAGUCUCGAAGACAUGAACACGAGUGGCGAAGAGCGGGUGGCGUGGUACGACCUGCAGCUGCGUCCUAGUAGCAAAAUGAAGCGGGUGCAAGGCAAAGUGCGAAUUUCCAGUCGCAUCGUGCGUGAACCCAGUUUGUGGCAACUUUGGACAGCUGCGGAGCAAAUGAGACAAGAAUUGCCUGCCAAAGACCGCAGUUUGUACCUAAAACCGCACCCAAAUGUCAUUACCGGUAAAGAGGCGGUAGAAUGGAUGUUGUGUCACGGCCUGAACCGCCCCAUGCAGGGCGGCGUCACGUGCUCCACAGCCGAAGAAGCGUUGCUGUUGGGCACGGCACUUCUCCGAAAUGGAGUCAUGCUCCACGUCUCCGGAGAUCGGAGAUUUACCAACAGCACAUGGAAAUAUUACCGGUUUACGGUCAACCACUUGGACUCGGUAGUGCAACAGGAGGCAAUUCGUCAGCGUGAUAUGAUCCUCUCGGGUGAAGCAGAAGAGGUGGAGGAUACGGAGGAAGAAGUGCUGACACGCUCCAUGAUGGCUGCAUCGGUGAGCAAUGAAGAGGAGUACGGUCUAGGCGCGUCACGUGUUGCCAGAGGGUCUGGCGCCACGGCCCCGGCACCUGCUGGGGACUCGAAUAAAGGCAAAUCCAAGUCGACAAUAAAGAUUGAAGACUUUGAACUGCUCAAGGUGCUGGGCACUGGGACGUACGGCCGCGUGCUGUCAGCCCGUGGACCCGAUGGAAACGUCUACGCCAUUAAGAUCAUCACAAAGAUUGGUAUGGACGACAACAUGCGUCGCAACGCCAAGAUCGAACGCGAUAUGUUGCGUGAAGUGCGUCAUCCGUUCGUGGCUUCGUUGCUGUUUGCGUUCCAGAAUGAAGAUAAGGUGUACAUGGGGAUGGAGUUUUAUAAUGGCGGCGACUUGCGUCAUCACUUUACGAUGAACCAGAACGACGAGCUUAAACUCACAGCUGGACGCAUCAAGUUGUAUGCUGCUGAGUUGGUGGCGGGGCUGGCACAUUUGCACAGUCUAGAUAUUAUCUACCGCGACCUCAAGCCCGAGAAUAUUCUUAUUCAGAAGGAUGGCCACAUCGUCCUGGUGGAUUUCGGGUUAUCAACCUACGCGCGUGAUGAGAACGAUAAAAAGGCCCAUUCUCUGGCUGGGUCCCCAGAAUACAUCUCGCCUGAGGUUCUAGCUGCUGCAAACCCGAAGAAAGGAGAACCCCCAGCUACGUACGACAACACCUGUGAUUGGUGGAGUCUGGGUAUCCUCAUCUUCGAAAUGUACGUGGGACGUACACCGUUCAAGGACGAUAACAAGGCCAUUAUGUACCGCAACAUUGCCGAGGGAUUCCUGUACAUUCCGCCAGAGCUGCCGGAGGAUGUCCAGUCGCUUCUUGCUGGUUUGAUCGAGCGCGAUCCGUCCAAACGUCUGGGAGCCAAUGAGGCGGUGCCGUUCUCUAUUAUGAAGCACUCGUUCUUCGAGGGAAUUGAUUGGGAGGCCUUGCAACAGAAGAAAAUUGAUCCGGAGUGGGUGCCCGAUGUGAUCGACGAUGCUGACGCUAAGUAUGUGGACAAUGAGUUUAUCAACCAAGUGCCAGUGGACACACCCGAGUGGCGCAUGCUCGACUCGGUGGAUCGCGAGCGAGAGUACUUUGAGGACUUUACGUAUCGUGCCACACGGGUCAUUCAAAAGUGAGGGAAGACAAGCUACAGGUUCAACUCUCAUAAAUGAUGCUAAUAUGGCGUGAUAGAUUUCUCAAUCUCCCACUUUUGCUUCAUAGAGAUGUAGUAUGGAAUUAUAUUUUCUGUCUUAGCUAAUACUACUAGUAGUAUUUCAAA